GGAGGCAGCGGAUCUGGGGGAGGCAGGGUUAACUAAACCAGACAAUGUCAGACUUGGGAAGGCUGCGGCAGACUGGGGAGCCAGGGACACAUUCUGUGUUGCUGUUUGCCUCUACGCCUGUCAUCCAUCACUAGUGGGGCCCCUCAGUGUGUGGAAAGCAGCUCCCAGGGACGACUGGGGCAGUUAUCCAGGCCAGACCUGCUGCAAGAACCAUAAUUUCUGGAGGGCUUAGGUCUACUCUGUUGCAGCUCUGACUUGACUCUGAGCUUUGGGAGGUUGCUGAAGUUUCAGGGAUUGCUUACAACUUCGUAGGAAAGCAGUGAAGUGGUCUUGGUGUCUGAAAUAGGACAACUGGAGCUGUGGUGAAAUCUGAUGUCUGCCAUUUUGUGCCUUGAUUGACACACCCAAACAGGAUCUGUGAGUACACAUUGGCAAGGUGUGGAAGGCUGAGUGAGUGUGACUCACUGGUCGCACUUGUGGACGGCACACAGGCUGCUUUUGUUGGAUUACUUGUAGACUUUCCCCAAAGCCCAGUCUACGCUGGAUCGUCAUGCUUCCCUGAAGACACUUCUUGUGCCACACAAGUAAGUACAGUUCGUGCUCCUCUGGUUGACAGUUUUGGACAUUGUUUCCACCACAAGCUGCUGGAAUUCUUGUGAGAGAAAGGACAGUGAGGAGUGAAGACCCAUCACGUGUCAGUCAUCCACGGGUCUGCCUAGUCCCGGAUCAAUUGCCGCGUGGCAUAAGACAAGAUAUCGGAACAGUGACUGAGACCAGAGAACUUGCUGAAACUGAAAGAAGAUCUUCCCAAACCUGCUUGCUCCUGUUUCAAACUCUUGGUGACAAUGCUAUGAUCUCCUACCAGGGUUCCAUUGCUAUCUGGUCCCCCCAGGGAACCCCCCUCCCCACCCUGGAUAGGCUACAGGCACAGCAAGCGGCACCGCCAACAACCACUCUCAACAGUAGUUUUAGCAUUUCCUCAAUAACCGCCAACCUCAACCACAAUCGCGAUGAGAAACGGGAGCAGCCUGUCUCGUCCGCGCCGAGCGGAGUAGCGGUCGUGAACAACCACCACAGUACCAAUAGCUACGUGCACAGCCACGGCCACGGACAUAGUCUCAGUAAUAACCACAGUCAUAGCAGUCACAGUCACAGUCACAGUCAUAGUCAUAGUCACAGCCAAGGACUUAGUCAAAGCCACGGCCAUUCCCAUUCGCAUAGCCACAGUCAUUCUCACAGCCAGGUGCACAACCACAGUCGAGGGCACGAGGAGAAGGAGAAGGAGAGCAUCAACAGAGAUACAGCCUUCAGCAAGACCAACUCUUGGACAAGUCCAAAUCAUCAACCUCCACGGAUUGGCCCAACGCCGCACAUAUCACCGAUCGUAGGACCAAACCCGAGCUUUUCACUUUCGCUGACCAGCCACACGCCGACGUUCUCCCCCAGCCUGGGUCCGCCGCCACCACCGCCUCAUACGCCCCACAGUAUGAGCAUGUUCUCCACGCUACCGCCGCCACCUCCGCUAACGUCGUCAAGCUUUAGCCUCCCCGGUACGGGUCCCUCGUUCGGGGCAGGUAGGGAGCAAGAUAUGUUGCGUCGCGAGCUGGACAGUCGGUUCCUAGCAUCCCAGGACAGGCCCGGACCUGCCGCGGCGGAGGGGAGGGGACCCGCUCCGGUACGGCCGUUCCAUGGCCUUGGGGGGGAGGUCCAUCAACAUCAGCAUCAGCAUAUGCACCAACACCAACAUACCCACAACCAUAGCUACCACCCUCCCCUGCCGCUCGGAGGAUCCCUCGUCCCCACGCCCGCACCCCAUAUGUUUGACAAGUUCCCGAAGAUCGAUGCAGCUCCAUUUUAUAGGCCAACUUUGGGGAGCCAGUUAGGGAUCCCACCGUACCCUGCCGGCCUGUCACCCAUGCUGCCUCACAAUGCUGGACCAUUCGGCUCAGGAACACAUGGAGCAUUCCAGCCUAAGGCCGAUGAUGCUCGCAGCGGAUUUCCCCUUGGUAGGAUUCCUGGGGCACCUCUCGGCAUUUCCAAAGAACCCACCCCAAAGAAGACAGGCAAGUGGUGUGCAGUCCAUGUACAUGUAGCCUGGCAGAUCUACCAUCAUCAACAAAAGGCCAAAGCGGAGGCACAGGGAGAGGGGCACAAGCCGGACCUGUUAGGGCGGCCGCCUGGUGGUCCCAACAUGUUCAACAUCCAGCACCGCUCACACGAGCUGUCCUGUCCAACCUCCAUGCUGCAGUCAGCUGGUAAGGCUGGUUUGCCUCACACCCCAGCGACUCCGUUUGGUCCUGCACCCGGGCCGUCAGCCCACAACUCCUUCCUCAGCCCACCCGGUCCGUUUGGAAUGUCGCCAUUUGCCCGGCCUAACUUCGGACCCCUGGGAAGCACGCUAGGAUUCGGAGGUCUUGGGAACGGCACCAUGUUCGGAAACCGUGACAUGCCGGCGAUUCCCGGCCUGGGUAACCCCCACGACCCCUGGAACCGCCUCCACCGCACCCCACCGUCCUUUCCAACGCCGCCCAACCCCAACCCCUGGGGCCCGAGCUCCCUGAAGCCGGAGUCUCAGACAACCAGCCUGUUGUCGGAGGCAGAAAGGGAACAACGGGAGAAGGAGAAACAAGAAGAGCGGGAGCGAGAGAAGGACAGGGAAAGGAAACGAGAGAGGGAACGAGAGAGGGAACACGAACGAGACCGGUCAAAGUCGCCAGCCUCAGAGCACCACAGGAACGAUUCUCGGGACCAUAUGAAGGAACACGACAGGGAGAGAAACCAUGCCAACAGCCACGACAAUGGCGAAAACAAGUCUAGAACUGAGGACAACAGGUCCAGAGACGGUCGCGAUUCUGCCAGGAGCACAGAAAACAACAGACCACUCCAAAAUGGCCCAGACAGUCGCAUCUCCCCCUACAGAUUUCCCGGUGAAAAGUCCAGCAGCCAACACGACGGAAAAUCGGACAGUGCCUUUAACAACGUGGCCAAACCUAACGAUGUCAAAGUCAAGGAGGAGAAGAGGGAGGAUGACGGGGAGGUUCUGGUCGUGUCAGAAAGGCAACGACACAGCGCGUCGUCUUUGGAGCGCAUGGAGAGGCCUCGCAGCGAGGCAGACAUCACUUCUCAUCCCGGCAUUGUCCCCACCAUGGGUUCCAUAAGCAUGCUGGAAAGGACUCGUAUGAUGGCGGGGCAGUUUGGGCUGCCUGACCGCCCGCGCCUGCCCGGCCCGCACCUCGGGAUGUGGCCCGCAGAUCCCAUGAGGGAUCCCUUCCGCGAUCCGUACCACCGUGCAUUUGACUUCAACCGGGCGGAGCUUCACAGAAAUGACUUCAUGGCCCGGGAAGCCAUGAUGCGCGAUCACAUGAUCCACCGGCUGACGGCGCCCAACAUGCUCCCGCACGACAGAUUCCGAGAGCGAGAGCCACUUGAGUACAAUCGCGACAGCCUUCUGCGCAACGACAUGGAGCGCGCUGCCCACCUUCGCACCGAUGACCGCGAACGGUUCAUGAGGGAAGAGUUCGAGAGGAGCAAAAUGCUGGGGAUGGUUCCCGGCGGGGCAGCAGACAUGCACCCCAUGUACCCCGGUGGUAUGCACUACCCCCGCCCCACGGCCACUCCGCCCUCCUCUCACACCAACUCAGUUCACAAGGCCAGCAGCUCUCCAGCCUCCAACCCACCCCCUCUCAUUCCAUCUGCAAGUGCCAACUCUGCACCCAGGAGUACAAACAACUCUCCUGCCACAAACCCUCGCUCUGCAGGCGGCAGCCCUGCUCAGGAGCAGAACACCAGCAAGGACAGGGACGUCUCUGUCAAUUCCAAUGAAGACUCGCAGGCCAGAUAGCCUGUAGACUCCUCCAGCUCUGCCAAUGUCAGUUUGGAGGUGCUGUUGUACAGCGUGUAGCUAUGUGCAGGACCACUAGACAUCACCAGGAGGUGCUUUUGUACAGAGGCAGCCUGGGAGCUGCUGUUUCAGACUUCCUUUUGGACUCAAGAAAGAGCCACUGUAUUUGUACUGCAGUUUGGAUGGUUGUCAGAAGGUGUCAGUUAUGCACAGUGAAGCUGGCCGAAGUCGGACCAUUCAAUCGCUCAUACAUGUAUUUUGUCUGCAAUCAUGCAAAUAAAAAAGUGACUGCCAAACUGUGAUGUGGAUAUGAAGAGAAUUAAUGUAACAUAGCAAUGGUGCAUAUCGUCCUAGAAGAUUGUGUAAUUUGAAACCUUUUCAAGGUUUGUAUGUGAAGAUAACCUUUAUGAACUGCCAAUGAAUUGUGAAUGUUUCAGAUGUAUGAAUCAUGCGUGAACACAAUGACAAAUGGAGGACAUUUUAACAUGGUUUUUAGUUUUUUCUAUCUAACUCAUUUCUUAGGACGUUUGUACAGAAUAUGUAUUUCAUUUUUUUAAAGAUAUUAAUUCCUGAUGUCUAGCUUUUAUGUCCAUCCUGGGGAAUUUUAACACAUUUUUCACUGUCACGAGUGUGAGAACGAGAAAGCCUGUUGUAAGUUGUGUUCUAACGUGAACUUAAAAGAUAAAAUAGGAGACCAAAACUCUAUAUUUAUCCGCCGAACUAACCAGUAUGAUUUUUAGUCGUGAUCACAGGUUUGGUAUACAAACGAACCAAUGUUGUACAGAUUUCCAAUCAAUGUGAUGUAAAUUAAUUGAUUAUAAUCAUUUGUUAUGGAGAGAGAAGCUUGUUGUGACGUGCCCUCCCUUCUGUAGCCUUCAGUCUACAUUCUACCCAGUUCUGCUGUGCCAGGGGUGUGGUCUUCUCAGGGACACAAAUUCUUCAUGUUUUGCCUCUUGCUUUUUCUUUAAUUUUGUCAGUAUAUAUUGUGUAGCAGAGAGGUUGGAUAUAAAAACACCCUUCGGAGCAUACUAAUGACCACCUUAUACUGGACAAAUAUUAUUCUCAGUCUUACGUAACUCCGUUUAUUCUAGGACUUAACAGUAAUUGCAGUUACGUAAACAUUCAAAAAAGUUUGGCCAAAAAAAUGAUAAGAUGUUGCUCCUGUAACUCCUAGAUCCACAGACCUUGAUGCAAUCAAGAACAGCCAUUGAAGAGAUACUGAGUUUCUCAUUAAGCUAUGCAGUACCACUAUUUCAGGUCUUCCAUCUUGACCUUGACCAACUUUCUAGCAAAUUCAAGGUCAGACCCCUGACCUGACCACACCACUGGCACAUUGUGUUGGGAGGGGCAUUUGUACAAAGAGCAUUGGUGUUGUAGUUUCUUCGGAAUUUUGUCUUAAUAUGUAGAGAUUUGUCUAUAUUGAAUGUGAGAGGCUAUGUAUAUUUUAGUAGCAAAAACAUAGAGGAAGACCUAACAUCACCCGUGUAGUCUAUUCCUGUGCUGUGAUGUUGACGUCCUUUUAGCCAGAGUAGCUAUAGGUUGCCCAGAGAAUUCACAGGGAUAUAUUAUGUACCGUCACAGCUGAAAAUGUGCCACCAUAUUGGCACUACCAACAGUUUUUACGUUACGGAACAGAGCCAGAAAUGUCUAAUAUUGUUUUUCUUUUGUACCUUGAAGUCCUGAAAGGACUGGUGUUGUGGAUUAUGAAAGAAAGAUGCACGUUGUUGCUACAUAUCUGAUAUGUAAUGUUCUAUUUGUCCGACAGUCAUGUGGACAAUAUAUGGUCACUCCUGGUGUUUCAGCCCCUGCAUCCUGGUGCGCACCAAUUUCUGUUUACUACAGAAUAUAUUCCAUCUCUGAAAGUUAGUUUUUACCCUUUUUAAGCAACAGUCAUCAUCAUUUUUACCUUGAAAGGAGAGAGGUAAUGCAAGAGUCAUAUUAUCUGUUGUGAAGAAGCAAUGAAUUCCACCUGAAGUGCUCUUUACAUGAUAAAGACAUCCUUCUUAAUGCUUUAUUGCAUAUUGCAAAGUCCUCAGAUCUUUCCUGAAGGUUUUGGGAGUGUCGUUCUUUGUUAUUUCAUGAGGAGGAAAGCACCUGUGGAUGUAGGCCUGAAUCACCAUACAUUGUUACAAAUGUUCAUGUCAGCAGCUGUGAAAUUCUCUGGUCCAACACCAUAGGUCUAGCACAUGCUCCGUGUGAUUUGCCUGUUGUUCAUGUCCCAUCUGUUUCAUCUACAGGAAACAUCCAUUAAAGAAUACUACAGAAU